ACAUAAAAGUACAUAUCACUUUUUUUUCAAGUAUAAACAUAUUUAUCAAGUGAAUUUACUUCACAUAUUAAAAUUGAAGUCGGGUCACGACCCCCAGUUUGGGAACCACUGUGGGUUCGCACACGGGUGAAUGCACUUAAAUCAAGUUAAAUAAAUACACAUAAACGUGAGUUAUUCUCAUAAUCCGCCGCGCACUGCGCAUGUGCCACCUGUUCUCUAAUUGGCGCCAAUUAGAGACCAGGUGUGUCGGCAGGAAGACUUCAAAGACACCGCGGCCGCUCCCUGCGACCCGUGUUUUAACGCGCAGACCGAAACGCUGAUCCGAGAUGCAUUUAAAGCAAACAGGACCCUGCUCCGGUGUCCUUCUCCUCUACACCAUCACUACUAUAACGGUACUUCCGGCGGCCGCUGUUUAUUCCCCGCCGCCCAACUCUCACCUGUUACCUCUUCACCAUGACCGGAGCCGCGGGCUCGCGCCAGAAGGCCCCCCUCCACUCCCCCAGCGAGGGGGCAGAGAGCGCCCGAGGCGGGGAGACGAGUCGAGACCCCCCCCGCAUUUCCACAACUUGGAGGACGGGGCCCGCCAGCGGGCCGAAGCCUCCGGACUGACGCCCGAACACGCAGCGACUUCUGCAGGCAAAGGCCCCGGAAGCCGGAGCGAACCAACGCGGCGCGACGGUCCCGAUAAGGACUGCGACAGAGGGGUCAUCGAGCACGUUAUUCCCGGCAGGUUUUCUAUUGCUGGUCCGCUGGAAAGUCUCCCUAACGUGGGCUACCAGGCAGACUCCGCUGCUCCAGGAGGCCGGGAGCGGGUCGGAGGUCAGGCGGGCCGCGGCCAUGAGGCGAGCUGGCAGAAGCUGCAGCCCGUGGUGCAUUGUGGAGACCACGCCAUGACCCUCACCGUCAGGAGAAGACGAGCCACACAGCUCCAGCUGGGCCGAGUCAAGGAGUCCUCCGUGCCCUUGUCCCAGCUGCCGGGUCACUGUGGCUACUCCGUUCACAGCGCGGGGCGAGACCUCAGCCUGACGGCCCCGUACGAUGCCUGCCAUGUCACACAGGAGGGUGAUGGUUAUGCAUUGCCUCUGCUGUGGAGGGGGACUCCGGUCAAGAUGUCCUGCCCGGCCCCCCAGCCGGAGGCCGCGGGCCCCUACACCCUCUGCUGCUCCCUUCACAGCAUGACGGUCAAAGUGAAGGGACUCCAUUCCACAGAGGAGCUGAGGGUAAAUGUCCGAGGGAAAUGGAACCCUUUGGGGGAGUUAGCGGAGGUGUGUGGCUACACGGUGAACACACGGGAUUCAGAGAUGAUCAUUGCUGCUCCAUUCACAACGUGUGGUGUCACAGUGAAGGAUGGAAACUACACCCUUUCCCUUCAGAUUGGGGAGAGGACAGUCACCCUGGCCUGUCCUGUCUCCCCCCCCGAAGAACUCUCGCUGACCCAUCAGCCCGUGGUCAACAGCCCCCCUCUAACCAGGGGGCGAGAAGAGCACCUGCCAGAACCCCUGCUGCCAUUUCCAUGGGUUCCACCUUUCUACCUGGCCCCACCGUACCACCCCCACCCUACAUACCCCCACCCUACAUACCCCCACAAGUAUCCAAGUCCUGAGGAACACGUUGCAGAUAACCCUGCUACUCCCGACCCUACAUUGGGUCCUCAGCCCCCCCCUGCUGCUGAUUUGUGGACUGACGAGCAAAACUACCCCCCCCAGCCGAUCCCUGCCAGGGAGUCUGAUGAACAUUUUGGUCUCCACAGUUCCCUGUUGACCACAGAUGGUACCGAUAAUUCAGGUCCGGUAUACCCGGAGCCUCCUGUGUUGGGGGGGUCAGAGAGGCACAGUGCGACUCGCUCCCUCCGCUCGGAUACAGGCGGACUGAUUCAAGGUGACUCCCCCACUCCUCUCCAGCCCCCCAGCCAUGCCUUCAAUCCGUACUAUCACUACUACCAUCAUCCUAAGAUCCCCCUCCCUGGUGCACCUAAAGACUCUGACCCCGGUCCCCAGUUUUCCAGAGAACUGACUUUAACGAAUUCAAAUAAUCCUGAAAAUCCGGUGUUUCCCCUCAACAUGCAACGGCCUGAGGUUCUCCGCAGAAUAAACUCUCAGCAGGUCCUCCAGCCUGUGCCUAAGGCUGCUUCUCAUCCAUACACACUGACUAGUCCUACUAAAGCCUCUGCACUGGAUACACCUGGUCUUCCACAGCCCUAUCCUUACCACUCCCAUUAUCCUCCACCUAUUGCACCGCUCGAGGCCAGAAGAAUGGCUCCUCUCAAUCCGGACACCGCUGCAAAAAACAAUCUGUCCAACGCCUUCAUUCAUCCCCUCCCCUGCUCAUCCUACGGAUACAACAUUAAUAAUGAUGGACAGAGACUCUCUGCCCCAGCGGACAAACCGCCCCUCACUUACCAUCCAGGGCAGGACGCUGGUGGAGCGCCGCCUACGGACCGGCCCGCCUUCCCCACGGCGUCACCUUACUAUAACCUUCCUUACCUAUACCACUAUCACAUGUAUUACGGUCCUGGCGGUUCACCCAGCGCAGGUCAUCGCCCGUCUCAGACCUCCGGAGCUUUGGUAAAUGUGCCACCAGCCCUCGCACCUCAGCGUCCCUCCCAUCUUAAUCAUCAGUCCAUUACUACUCCUACCAAAUCAACAAAUGAUGUUCCAAAUGACCCUCUAUAUCCUUACUACUAUCAUUUCCACUCCAACACUCAGCAACAGCCAUAUGAUGCUCUUGGACGUCCUGGGGGUGAAGAAGAAGAGCGGCUGGAUGAUGAAAUGACAGGUAAACUGAAGGCCGCGCCCUCAGGCCUGGGCUCUGCCUCGGAGUUGAGCUGUGCAGUGUCCCUCGGGUGCUGCUCCUACCCUGUGGCGUCGUGUACAAUGGGACGGCAUUUAAUCCUUGCGCUGCCGGACUCUGUGCUGGAGCCGGCGGUGGCCCCCCCAGCCCAUCCGUCUCGGCGCAGUAAUGCGUCCUGCGCGCUGUACAAGCUGACCCCUGACCGUGAUCUCUAUGCCGUCCCCUUGGAAGGCUGUGGAGUUAUCCGACGUGUGUUUGGUGAGACGGUGGUUCAUCUGUUGGAGGUCCAUGGAAUCCACUCGCUCCAACGAGGCCACAGCUCUGAGCUGGUGAACUCUCCCGUCAGGUUGAUGGUGGCAUGUAGCUCCUCCCCGGGUUCUCCUGGUGAAGUGAGACUCCAUGUGAUGGCUCAACCUCCUCCUCCUGCCCCUGUGCACUCUCCACCACCCGCUGUUACUCUGAGAAUAGCCAAAGAUGAGUCCUUCACUGGCUUCCACCCUGAGGCUCACCUGCCGCUCAGUCUACUCCGAGGAAGACCAGUGUAUGUGGAGGUGAGCCUGCUGAACCCCCCCAGGCCCGGCCUGGUGCUGCUGGUCCACUCCUGCCUGGCUUACACUCGUGCUCCAUAUGAAAGCUGGAUGCUGAUCUAUGAUGGCUGUCUGGACCGUGGUUAUUCAGAGCGGCUUCUUCCGCCACACCACGAACCCCGCCACACCUGGAGGGUCGUCUUCUCUGGCUUCCUGUCGCUGCACUCACCAAGUCUCUCAUUCACAGCUGGAGGAGGAUACACUCAGCUGCAGGACCCAGAGAUCUACUUCUUGUGUUUGACAGAAGUGUGCUCUGCUGCACACGGUGACUGCGCUGUAGGCUGCAUCAACGGUCCUAAAAGUGAAACGUAAGCAAUGAAAUAAACACUUCAACACAGAUGCACUUUGGUUUUGUUUCAUGUAAACAACAAAUACACCAGUUUUAUAGAGGGACAAGAUGGGACA